UGAACGAUUCAGUUUACUUUUCUCAGUAUGGAUUACCGAAGCUUCUUUAUAAAGCUCCUUGUAGCCUGUUGUUUGGUGGUUGAAGCCACGCAAAAUGAAGAUGUUUCCGCAGAACUCAGACCGAGUCCUCGUAUAGUCAACGGUCUAAUUGCUGCCUCAGGACAAUUCCCAUAUCAGGUAUCCGUGCGUGUCAAUAACCUACACAUUUGUGGUGGCGCGUUGAUAAGACAAAACUUUGUGGUCACCGCAGCACAUUGUGUCUACCAAAUUGAUCAGGAUAUCCUAUGUGUACAUGCCGGCACUGUGAGCCGCACCGAUGACGGCGAGUUCCGCGCAGUUUCCAGUGUUAUCAUACACCCCCAAUAUGCUUUCGAUAAUGAUAUUGCUUUGUUGGAGCUGAAAACACCAUACAACUACUCCGAUGUCAUAAAACCAGUAGCGAUUACAACUUGGGAUGUGCCUACUGGAGAACCGGUUAUUAUUUCUGGUUGGGGUCGCAUAUACGAAGGUGGUCUCCUUUCUAAUAAAUUAUUGUAUACUCGAGUGCUGACAACUCUAAAAGAUGAAGAAUGCGCUAAAUCUGACGGUACGCUGAACCCUAGCAUACUGUGCUUGCUUAGCCCGCAAGGAAGAGGUUUUUGUGAUGGCGACGAUGGUGGGCCGGCCGUUUAUAAAAACGUUCUUAUUGGUAUUGCCAGUUAUAUUACAAAAGGUUGUGGCACUGUUGCAAAGGGAGGUUUUACUAAGUUGGCUUACUAUAAGAAUUGGAUAGACGCAAUAGUUACUGAUCAGGUGCCGAACUGACUUGUUUAAUACAUUUACAUACAGCAAAUACAAAAUAGAAUUUCUGAAGUGAAGGUUGGUUAUGUAUUUCUCUUAUAACAAUCAAAAAAGUAAAAAGGCGCUUUAUCAUAUUUUUUUAUUUGACUUUCUUCGAGUCAAUAUUUGCUACUUAACUUAAGCUUCCUCAGAAACUUUUCUGAACUUAAUGCAAUAUAAUCGAAUCAAAUCUUAAAACCCGGAGUAAAUAUAUUUCUUAUUC